CGGCGCGCGGGGCGGAUCGCGGCAGAGCUCGGGCUUCCGAGCGGCUGGCAGGCGAGCCGGACCGGCGCUCCUCGGCUUCCCGGCCCGCUCCUUUCGCUCAUCCCGUCGCCGUGCACUCCGCGGCCCGUAGCGCGGUGAUCUGGGGCUCCACGGGGCCGGGCUGAGCGGCCGCCGCCCGCCCCGAGCCGCCGCCGCCGCCCGGCCGCCCGCCCGGCUUAGCCGCCGAGGCGCCUGGCGGGGUCCGCGCCGCCGGGGGCGGGCGGCUCGGGCUGCGGGGCGGCUGGCGCGCGCGCGCCGCGGGGCGGAGAAGCGGGCCCGGCGGCCGGCGAGCAUGGAGGAGAAGUACCUGCCGGAGCUGAUGGCGGAGAAGGACUCUCUGGACCCCUCCUUCACGCACGCCCUGCGCCUGGUGAACCGAGAAAUAGAAAAAUUUCAGAAAGGAGAAGGCAAGGAUGAAGAGAAGUACAUUGACGUGGUGAUAAACAAGAACAUGAAGCUGGGACAGAAAGUGCUGAUUCCUGUGAAGCAGUUUCCCAAGUUCAACUUUGUGGGGAAGCUUUUGGGUCCGCGUGGCAAUUCUCUGAAGCGCUUACAAGAAGAAACGCUGACAAAAAUGUCCAUCCUUGGAAAAGGUUCCAUGAGAGACAAGGCAAAGGAGGAAGAGCUGAGGAAAAGUGGGGAAGCGAAAUACUUCCACCUCAAUGACGACUUGCACGUGCUCAUCGAAGUGUUCGCUCCCCCAGCGGAAGCUUAUGCCCGAAUGGGACACGCCUUGGAAGAGAUCAAGAAGUUCCUCAUCCCUGACUAUAAUGAUGAAAUCAGGCAAGCGCAGCUCCAGGAAUUAACAUAUUUGAAUGGAGGUUCAGAAAAUGCAGAUGUUCCAGUGGUUCGAGGAAAAUCUACUUUGCGUACAAGAGGUGUAACAACACCAGCAAUAACCAGGGGAAGAGGAGGAGUCACAACCAGGCCUGUUGCAGUUGGGGUACCACGUGGGACACCCACUCCCCGGGGAGUCCUUUCCACCCGAGGGCCAGUGAGCCGGGGAAGAGGACUUCUCACUCCCAGAGCAAGAGGUGUCCCCCCAACUGGAUACAGACCUCCACCGUUACCCCCAACACAGGACACCUAUGGAGAGUAUGACUAUGAUGAUGGGUAUGGUACGGCGUAUGACGAGCAGAGUUACGACUCCUAUGACAACAGCUACAGCACUCCAGCCCAAAGAUCCCUGAGCCUUGAAGGAAGGGGUUUGAUAAAGACAUCCCAUUUAGGACGGAGUGCUCCAGAGCCUGUCACUCUCUGCACAUUGUCCAUUCACGAGUCUUUGCUCGGAGCUGAUUACUAUGAUUACGGGCAUGGACUCGGUGAGGAGGCUUAUGAUUCCUAUGGGCAAGAAGAAUGGACUAACUCAAGACAUAAGGCGCCUUCAGCGAGGACGGCGAAGGGCGUCUACAGAGACCAGCCAUAUGGCAGAUACUGAUUGUACUGUCUGAUGUUGUGAAAUAGCCAAUCUCCACCGUCCUGUAUACUGUUCAAAGUAAUUUUUUUCUAUGAACAAUCCCUUUUUAAAUAAAUCAAAAUGCUUAAAAUCUGAAUGGAUGGAAUUUAAAACCACUUUGUUGAAGCAUCCACUUGGCAGGGAGAAGAAGGACAUGUAAAAUUUUGUUAUUUGCAGUCUGUAUAUGAAAACUAGGUCAUGAAAAGGAAAAAAUAACUUUGAUUAACUAGUGUUAAACAAAAAGCUAGGUUUACUAAAUAUGUUAAUCCAUUCUUUUAACAUAAGCCUCACCUUUCAUUUUAAAGGUUUCCAUAGAAUUUAGUUAUUUUAUCUUUCAGCCAUAUGCUAGUUUUUUUUUUUCUUGCCAACUUGCGUAAAAAGGGAGCCAAUUACAAGUGCAAACAAUGUGGUAUUCUUUUGUAACUCGAGUCUUGAAAUGUUCUGUAGUGUUAAGCAAAGUCUCCUCUUGCUUGAUACUAAAUAAACUUUUGAAAGAAA